AUGAAAUUUAAUAUACCUUGUCAAAGAAUAGAAAAAAUUUUUUAUAAAAAUUAUGCUUCAUUUUGUAGUAAUAUAACUAAAACACCAGAACCAAAACCAUCAAGUAUUGAAGCAUCUUUUAAAAGAGGAUCCGGUGGUAGAGCAUCAUUUUCAGGUAAUGUUGUAACAAUUUUUGGUGCAACUGGUUCACUUGGAAAUGGUGUUAUUAAUCAACUUGCUAAAACAGGAAAUCAAAUAGUUAUUCCUUAUCGUUGCGAACCAUAUUUUAUUCGAAAAUUAAAAAUACCCGGUGAAACAGGACAAAUAUUAUUUGUUCCUUUUGAACUAAGAGAUGAAAAAUCUAUUGUUGAUGCUAUAAAAUAUAGUAAUAUUGUUAUCAAUAUGAUUGGUACACGUAUUGAAACAAGGAAUUAUAAUUUUUUUGAUACUCAUGUAGAAGGAGCACGAAGAAUUGCAAAACUUUCACGAGAAUGUGGUGUUGAAAGAUUAAUUCAUAUUUCUGCUUUAAAUGCAACAACAGAUCCAAAAGGUUCUCUUAUUCCAGGUGGUUCAAAUUUUUUACGUAGUAAAGGACAUGGUGAAAUUGUUGUAAGAGAAGAAUUUCCAUCAGCUACAAUUAUUCGACCAUCAAUAAUGUUUGGUGAUCAAGAUCAUUUUAUUUUUUAUUAUGUAUCUAGAUUUCGUAAGACAAUUUUUGACUCUGUUUAUCUUUAUAAAGCUGGUGAAAAAACAUAUAAGAUGCCAGUUUAUAAAUAUGAUGUAACAAAAGGUAUACGUUUAGCAAUGUUUGAUCCAACAGCAGCUGGAAAGACAUUUGAAUUUGUAGGACCAUAUUGUUAUAAAUUAUCUGAAUUAAUAGAUUAUCUAUAUAAAAAAGCUCAUUGUAUAAAAAAAUUUAAUUUUCAUUAUAAAAGACAUGGACAAUUUGAUCCUAUAUUUAAAUCAUAUAUAUUAGCAUGUAAAAUUUUAGAAAAAGUUUUAAAAUAUGAAACACCAUUAAUUAAAGAAUGGAUGGAAGUUGUUGAAGGAACUAAUGAUGUAUUAACUGGUGUUCCAACAUUAAAAGAUCUUGGAAUUGAUCGUUUAACAGAGUUUGAAUAUGUUGCUGGAAGAGAAGCUUCUAGAAGAUCAUUUUUUAAUUAUUAUGAACAAACUUAUAAUGAAUUACCAGAUCCACCACUUCCUUUACGUUCACCACCUCUUAUAAAGAAAAAAUUUAUUCCUCAAAAUAUUAAUACUACAGUAAAUAUUUUUUAA